AUGCAUGGACUUGAUGACCGCUGGACCAGAGCUGACCGAAUCCCAUGGGACGAACUCAUGAUCUCGUUUCCCCCGAACGAGUACAACCCAAUGGACUACGUUGCCUCGUGUCAGACUAUACUGACUAUACCGCUCAAUGAUCAACGGGAGGACAGGUCGCGUGGUGUUCAGACUACUUCUGAACCGAAGCAAAAAUGCGAUAUGUCAGCGAAUUCUCAACUGAUGUUGACGAUUAUCGAUUUAAUUUUGCCUUCGAUCGACUACGACAGUUCAAUCACCCACGACUCUGAAUUGUUCUACGACACUCUACCGCAAACCAUUGAGCUGAGCCCAUGUUCACUGACAGAAGUGGAUUCCUACGAAAUUGCCGACAAACAUACACCCAAUGCUUCGAUUGUCGACCAGAAAGGCGUUAUAAAAACGGACACGUCAAUGAAGCUCAAGCACCACGUGUUUGUGAAGGAAGUCAGCUACACAAGCAGUUCGUUCGAGGGACCUCCACCGCAAGAUGAUUCCUGGAUCAUCUACAUCUUACAACCAAUUCGAAGACCAACACUUCCUACAUCUUCAGAUUGUGAACUUCUUCCAUGUCCUAGUCGUAAAGUAUAUGUUACUGAGAAGAGGAUCAUUAUGGAGUAG